AUGUUCAAGCAAUCAAUUGUCCGCGCCUUCAGGGCCAUCAACAACACCGCUCUGCCAAACACACUCGCAGCGACUUCGAGGCCAGCAAUGAGAUGUUUUGCCCGGCCACUUUCCUCUACCACUAUGCGGUCCCAAAACAAGAACUACGAUGACAAAGAUCCUAAGAUCGUCGCAACCACCCAAGCUCCCCAGGGCGCAUCAGGAAGCCAAGAGGGCCAAUUUGCCCGCACGGACGAGAGCGUGCAAAUUGAAUACCCACCGGACAGCGAAAUGCCUAAACAGCCGAUUGUGCAAGGCCGCGGUGGAAUGCACUUCAAGCGCACUCUGGCCUCGUUUUCGCUGGAGAAUAAGGUUAGCAUGGUGACAGGUGGUGCGCGUGGAUUGGGACUGGUAAUGGGACAGGGUCUGGUUGCUUCGGGCUCAGACUUGGCCAUAGUUGACUUGAAUAAGGCAGAAGCUGAAGACCAGGCGGGCAAGCUGAUUGAUCAGUUCCGCAAAGAGAACCCCGGGAUUGAACAAAUGCCCAACAUUACAGCACACUACGCCGACGUUGCCAACCCUGACUCCGUGAACGAAGCCUUAGCUGAGGUUUUGGCUAAACACCACCAGAUUGACAACCUCGUCACUUCUGCAGGGUUCACCGAGAACUUUGAUGCCAUCAGCUACCCAUUCGAUCGCAUGAAGAAGCUCUGGGGCGUCAAUGUAGAUGGUACAUAUUUGUUUGCUAUAGGAGUGGCCAAGCACCUGAUGGAGCGUAAGGCACCCGGCAGUAUCGUAAUGAUCGGUUCCAUGUCCGGUGCCAUUGUGAAUGUGCCACAGCCUCAAGCCCCAUAUAAUGCUGCCAAGGCAGCUGUGCGUCACUUGGCUGCUUCACUAGCUGUUGAAUGGGCUGCCCAUGACAUCCGAGUUAACUGUAUCAGCCCUGGCUAUAUGCUGACUGCUCUUACCCGUAAGAUCCUCGAUGAGAAUCCGCAGCUCCGCGAUCAGUGGACUUCCCUGAUUCCUGUCGGCAAGAUGGGAGUACCGGAAGACCUGAUGGGUGCCGUGACUUUCUUACUCAGCGAUGCGUCGAAGUAUGUCACCGGUGCCGAGCUUCGUGUAGACGGUGGCUACACGGUGACUUAG